AUGCGGAAGAGUACUACUACUCCUGUCGAUGAUGAAACCGCGUCGCUUUUGAACGCCAAUACUCCGACGACGGAAAAGAUGAUGAUGAUGAUGCGCGGCUCAAUUUCGAGAGAAGAAGAAGAAGAUUCGUCAAAGUCGCCGUCCUCCUCCUCGUCCUGGUUUCCGUUUGCAUCUAAACUCGUCGGCGUGAAGGUGCUCGUUUUGAUCGCCCUCGCGUUUUACGCGGUGUCUGUGAUGACGGUAACAAAGACGACGACGGAAACGAGUUCACCGAUGAUGAUGAUUGAAGGAAAGAAAGGAGAGUUGGAAACGUUGAAACAUUUCUUCGAGAACGCCAGAUUGUUUUUGACGAGAAAAAGAGGAGGAGAGAUGGAAAUUAACGGCGACGGCGCGUUGCUAAUUUCCACCACGUCCUCAAAGCCAUCUUUGGGCGAGGAUGACGCGAGAGGGACUUUGACGACGACGACUGCGAAGAAGAAGAAAGAGGAGGGCAGCGAAGAGGAGAAGCGUCGACGAAAGGAAAAAGAGGAGAAGGAACGAGAAGAAGAAAAAGAAGAAGAAGAGGAAGAAGCGUUGGAAGAACUAUUAGUCGGCGUGCACGACCAAGUGUACGGGAAGAAACAUUUGAUCGAUAAGAGCAUAUUGCCUAAACGAGAAGGGAAAGAGUUGCCUAUUUUCAUUCACAUUCCAAAAGCUGGAGGGACUUCGGUCGAGGCAAUGGUCGCCAACGUCGGCGCGAGGAUUGGAAGUUGUAACAGCAGAGAGACGAACGGGGCGUCGAACGAAGCCGCGAGGCCUUACGAAGUGCACCCGGCGUGGGACGUAGGAAAAGCGGAAGAUUUUCAUUCGCCGCCGAAGGUGGCAAAAGGGAAGACGUAUUUAGAAAAUUCAUUCACGACGGUGAGGAAUCCGUAUUCAAGAGCCGAGAGCGAGUAUUUCUGGUACCUUUUAAGAAAGUACCCGAAAGAGUACGAGUUGUUGCAAAGCUCGACAGAUAAUUGGCAAACGUACGUCAACAACGAAGGAAAAGUGUAUUACUAUAACGAAGUUUUAAAUCGAGCGACGUUUGAUGAACCAAAACCGUCGUGGAUGUCCUGCGAAAAGUUUGGCGUCUGGUUGAAAGAUUCGAGCGAAUUUGUUUUGAAGAAUAAUUUAUUGGAGUGUUAUCGACUAGGCAAGUAUAGCGAAGGGAGCAUUGCGGCGUGCGACGAGACGUUAUCGCGCGCGAACGGCGGGAAAGGCCCAAUAGAGAGCGACGGGUCGAGCACGAUAAUCGGGAAAGACCACACGCACCACGUGCCGCAAUACGUUUUAGGACGAACGGCGGAAAGAGUGUUUAGCAUUGAAGAUUGUUUCGACGAUAAGGAAGGUUUUUGUACGGACGUUCGAACAAAGUCGAGCAAUACAGACGCGGUGAUGCAACCAAACUUGAUGUCGUAUUUACGAGAAAAGUUCUCGCCGAAAAUUACCCCAGAAGUGGUCAAUUCCAUCUCCGGGAACAAAGAUUUGAACAAAGCGACGUUGAGUCAGUGCUGGCGAAACGGGAACAUGCCUUCAGAGACGAUCUCGAACUUCUUGAAAGCCUACGACGUUGAUUUUGAAAAGUACGGGUACAGCAAAGAGCUUCCCGGAGGAAAACAAAAGAGCGCUGUUUUGACAUCAUCAUCAUCAUCUUCUUCUACUUCAGAGGCUGAAAUGGGCCACGACGAAGAGGAGGAAAAAUCGUUGAAAAAGAUGUCCACUUCUUGGGAGAAAGCGCAAAAAAAUCGCUUCGAGAAAGAAGACGAAUUGAAAUCGUUAGCCGAGGCGAGAAAGCAAGAACUCGAAAAGCAAGCCAAGCUGGCGAAAAAACAAGACGAGGAAAUUGAAAAGCUGACGCGAAUGUCCAGCGAACUCGCCGACGCUAAGAUCCAAGCGGAAAUCGAACUCGAGGAAACGCAAAAGCAAAUCGCAGAAGCGCGCUUGAAACGCUCGAAACGCAUCGUGAAACGUCGACGUAGUACUCGUAAACUUUUAGGUGGCAAUAACGUGGAAAUUCCCAGGGCGGCGACUUUAGAGGCGUACGACGAGGAGGAUUUACCCGCCGACCGCGAGGGAGGAGGACGUCUGGGUGUCGUCGUCGAAGACAAAGAAGAAGACAAAGAAGAAAUCGAACGAGAACAAGGAGACGCGUCCGUCUUAGACUUGGACCACGACGAACCGACGAACCGUAAAAUGCUCUUUUGCGCGGGCGGCUUGAGAGUACCGAGAGUGCACGUGGAGAAAGAUAGCGAAGUUGGAUGGGCGGUGUGGAAUACGAACAAAGAGCUGCGAGACGAAAUGAUCGAAAGAGGCGAGCUCGCCACUUGA